ACGUAUGAAACUCUUAUUAUAGUUCAUGUUCUUCAACUCCUUAAUCCUUAUCGGCUCAAUGUGACAAUACCCAAUUAAAAAAUUUUCCAAAGUUGUAAUCUUUGAUUCACUCUCUCUUUACUAUACUCCAAAUUGGCAUACCCAAGUGAGAGAGUUGAGUACAGAAGCAAGGUAGAGGACUCCGGGGGACAUCUUUAUCGAUUCCGAUCACAGAUUUCCGGUGAAAAUGAUGAUGCAGUUCGCCGUCAAUCGAGCUAGAAAAGUGAGGUCUUUGAGUCCUCAGAUGUAUUGUCUUGCCAAUUCUCAUUUAUCCACCGCUGCUGAGCCCUCGUGGAAGCAUCGAACUUCGCCGAGGCUUCCCAAUUUGAUUGGUGGCAGCUUUGUAGAUUCGAAGUCAUUGGAAUCAAUUGAUGUUAUAAACCCAGCUACACAAGAAGUGGUGUCUCAGAUACCGUUAACUACUAAUGAGGAGUUCAAGUCUGCAGUUUCUGCUGCUAAAAAGGCAUUUCCGUCAUGGAAGAACACACCUAUCACGACAAGGCAGCGUGUCAUGUUAAAGUACCAAGACCUUAUAAGGAAGAACAUGGAUAAGCUAGCCUUGAAUGUUACUACAGAACAGGGGAAGACAUUGAAAGAUGCACAAGGCGAUGUAUUCCGUGGCUUAGAGGUGGUGGAACAUGCAUGUGGGAUGGCAACGUUACAGAUGGGAGAAUAUGUUUCUAAUGUCUCAAAUGGAAUUGAUACCUAUAGCAUAAGAGAGCCUUUAGGUGUUUGUGCCGGGAUCUGUCCAUUUAACUUCCCAGCAAUGAUUCCUUUAUGGAUGUUUCCUGUUGCAGUUACAUGUGGGAACACCUUUGUUCUUAAACCGUCAGAGAAAGAUCCAGGUGCUUCCAUGAUGCUGGCUGAGUUGGCAAUGGAGGCUGGGUUGCCUGAUGGAGUUCUAAAUAUUGUUCACGGCACUCAUGACAUUGUUAAUGCUAUAUGUGAUGAUGAAGAUAUCAGAGCCGUAUCUUUUGUUGGUUCAAAUACAGCUGGAAUGCAUAUUUAUGCCAGGGCAUCGGCUACAGGCAAACGUGUUCAGUCCAACAUGGGAGCCAAGAACCACGGCAUUGUCAUGCCUGAUGCAAACAUUGAUUCCACAUUAAACGCUUUAGUUGCAGCUGGUUUUGGUGCAGCCGGACAAAGAUGCAUGGCGCUAAGUACAGUGGUCUUUGUUGGAGAAUCAAAGUCAUGGAUAGAGGAAUUGGUGGAACGUGCAAAAACCCUUAAAGUAAAUGCUGGAACAGAACCUGAUGCCGACCUUGGACCAGUUAUUAGUAAACAGGCAAAAGACCGAAUAUGUAAAUUGAUUCAAAGUGGUGUUGAUAGUGGGGCUAAAUUAUUGCUUGAUGGAAGAAACAUUGUGGUACCAGGCUACGAAAAGGGUAAUUUUAUUGGCCCCACCAUCUUGUCUGAUGUUACUGCCGAUAUGGAGUGUUAUAAGGAGGAAAUCUUUGGGCCUGUUCUCAUUUGUAUGCAGGCUGACAGCUUAGAAGAGGCGAUAAGAACUGUCAAUAGAAACAAAUAUGGAAACGGUGCUGCUAUAUUCACUACAUCUGGCAUAGCAGCGAGGAAAUUCCAAACCGAGAUCGAGGCAGGGCAGGUUGGCAUCAACGUUCCCAUUCCGGUUCCUCUACCCUUCUUCUCCUUCACAGGCUCCAAGGCUUCCUUUGCUGGAGACCUCAACUUCUACGGCAAAGCGGGGGUUCAUUUUUACACACAGAUCAAGACUAUCACCCAGCAAUGGAAGGAUUUACCAGGUGGCUCUGGAGUAUCUCUUGCAAUGCCAACUUCUCAGAAAUAGAUAAAUUGACUAUAGUCUCACUGUGGGGUUUUCAGACUCUGCUUAAUUGCUUAUCACAAACCAAUCUGUUGGUUCCAUUUGAUGUUUUUAUUUGCCUUGUAAACAAAAGGAUGGAAGAUUGUUUUGUCUGGUUUUUAUUCAAUAAGUCAAAUCAGCAUGCUCUUUUGCCAUUUGAA